UUUGUCGGAAAGGGAAUCCCAAAAUAGUUAGCGAUCCAGAGAUUCAUCCGCUUCCUUUGGAAUCACAACAAAUACGGAUAUUUCUCUAAACUCCUGAUUCUUUUUUUUCUCACAGAGAUUUGAAACCAUGUCAAACAACAAAAAUCAAUCCAACGGUUCGGCGUCUAGAACCGGAGCAGACUCUCCCUUCCUGCACAAGGCACGCUCAGGUAAAACAGAGAUCAGAGAACUCGAAGCCGUGUUCAAAAAAUUCGACGUGAACGGAGACGGUAAGAUCUCCUCCAAAGAGCUUGGUGCAAUAAUGACAAGUCUAGGCCACGAGGUUCCAGAGGAGGUGUUGCAGAAGGCCAUAACAGAUAUCGACCGUAAAGGAGACGGUUACAUAAACUUCGAGGAGUUCGUUGAGCUCAACACGAAAGGGAUGGAUCAGAACGAGGUGUUGGAGAAUCUGAAGGACGCCUUCUCGGUCUAUGAUAUCGACGGGAACGGGUCUAUAUCGGCGGAGGAGCUGCAUGAGGUUCUGAGGAGUCUUGGAGAUGAGUGUUCGAUCGCGGAGUGUAGGAAGAUGAUUGGUGGCGUGGAUAAGGAUGGAGAUGGGACGAUUGAUUUUGAGGAGUUUAAGAUUAUGAUGACGUUGGGAUCAAGGCGUGAUAAUGUUAUGGGAGGUGGUCAGAGGUAGAGUUUUACGGCUUCAUCUUCCUUGUUGUCUUGUUUCUAUCAUCCAUUGUUUAUUAUUCCACCAUUGUUUCAAUCUUUCUUUUCUCUUUUGUUCU